ACCAUGCGGGGCGCCGCCGCCAGCCUCGUCCCGCUCACCUUUGCCGUCCUCCUGGGCUUCGCCGACUGCCGGCCGGACUCCGCGGCCAGGCUGGAGCCGGGGAGCCGGGGGGCGGCGCGGCCGCGGGGCCGCGGGGCUGCCCUGGGGACGGCGGGCACGGCGCACAGCCUGUCCCCGGCGCCCGGACCCCCUCCGCCGGCACGGCCCCUCCCCGCCGCCCUCCACGUGGACCGCGGCUCCGCGGCUGCCGCGGGGAGCCCGAGCGGCGGCGACGGCCGGAGGCAGCGUCCCGACCGCGGGCUGUCCGCGUCCCGGGGCCAGGCGGGCGAUGCCGGGCUCGGUCCCGGCCCGGGGCAGAAGAACAGGCUGGACCCCUCCCGCCAGCGGCAGGGCAGCGGGCUGAAAGCCCGGGUCGUGCCCCGAGCGAAGGAGCCAGGCGGCAGAGGGAGGAUGGCGGGGCCAAACGUCUGCGGCCGACAGUGUUGCCCAGGAUGGACCACAGCUCCCGGCACAAACCACUGCAUCAAACCUGUCUGUGACCCACCGUGCCAGAACAAGGGCUCCUGCAGCCGUCCCCAGGUCUGUACCUGUCGCUCGGGCUUCCAGGGUUCCCGGUGCGAAGAAGUCGUUCCAGAGCAGGAGUACCACCCGCCUGGUGCCGCCGCAGCCUUCCAGCCCCCCACAAGCUCCCUCCGGAGGAGGACCAGCACAGCAGGGCAGGAUGCCUCCCUGCGAGGGGCUCACAUGCCCGUCCCACGGCACGUCCCGGCUGUGACUCAGAGCAGAAUUGGCUCUCCUGUCUCCCCCCAGUACACAGGGCCGUCACGGACUGUCCGGCGCUACCCAGCCAGCAAUGGCCAACUCGCCUCUAAUGCACUCCCCAACGGGAAUGGACAUGAGCAGAGCAGCUCUGGGCCACACGCAGUUUCCCAGGAGCACACCUUGUCUGCAAGGGGGGCCAAUCUGACAGAGAAGAUUAGGAAGAUAAAAAUCGUCUUCACACCCACCAUCUGCAAACAGACAUGCCGGAGCGGGCGCUGCUACAACAGCUGCGAGAAAGGAGACACCACCACUCUCUAUAGCCAAGGGGGGCAUGACCACGAUCCCAAGUCCGGCUUCCGCAUCUACUUCUGCCAGAUCCCCUGCCUGAACGGAGGGCGCUGCGUGGGCCGGGAUGAGUGCUGGUGCCCCUCCAACUCCACGGGGAAGUUUUGCCACCUGCCAGCUCCCUCUCUGGAAAAGAAGCAAGGAGGGAGAGCCCCAAAGACCCUGGCUGGUGGCUCCAUGAAGCAAUCCACCUACACCCUGCCUUUGUCCAACCAGCUGGCUUCCCUAAACCCUUCCCUGGUGAACGUCCACAUCAAGCACCCUCCAGAAGCCACCGUGCAGAUUCACCAGGUGGCCAGGGUGCGGGGUGACACAGAGGUGUCGGAGGAGAACAGCGUGGAGGCAGUCCUGGUGCCUCAGCUGGCUGCUGUGCCCUGGUACACCUAUGCCCAUGGGAACGGCAACAGCAUUGCCACGGAGAGUGGCCAGCAGAAGCAGAGAGCCCCGGGGCUGCUGGGGAGGUGCUUUCGGGAGGCUCUCCAUGGGCAGUGCACCAACCCCCUGCCAGGGCUGACCAAGCUGGAGGACUGCUGCGGCAGCGUGGGGCUCUUCUGGGGUGCAGACCAGUGCCUGGCCUGCCCCCCCCGGCCAGCACACCCUGUGAUUGAGAAUGGGCAGGUGGAGUGUCCCCAAGGAUACAAGAGGCUGAACCAGAGCCACUGCCAAGAUAUCAACGAGUGCUUGAUGCAGGGCCUGUGCAAAGAUGCCGAAUGUGUGAACACCCGCGGCAGCUUCCGCUGCACCUGCAAGCCUGGCACCAUGCUGGACCCAUCCCGUAGCCAUUGCAUCUCGGACAAAGCGGUGUCGAUGGAGCAGGGGCUGUGUUACCGCUCGGCAGCCAGAGGCGUGUGCUCCUUCCCCCUCUCCCACCACAUCACCCAGCAGAUCUGCUGCUGCAGUCGCGUUGGCAAGGGCUGGGGGAAGAACUGCAAGGAGUGCCCCGUGCCCGGCUCAGAAGCCUUCAAGGAGAUUUGCCCAGCAGGACAUGGCUACACCUACUCCAGCUCUGAUAUCCGCCUGUCGAUGAGGAAGGCAGAGGCAGAAGAACUGCCCCUCAGCUUGGAAGAGCAAGGGGAGAGCAGCAACUGGACGUUGAACUGGGCAGCAAGGAGACAGCAACUGCAGGACAGCCUGCGUGGGAGCGUCCUGGAGUCACGUCCCCACCCUGGCACCUCGGCAGGAGAGGGUGAAGUUUCUCCUGCUGCGCACGGUGCUGCUGAUGCCACCGCAGAGCCUGCCACACGCAGAGCAGAGGAAGAGGAGGCCUGGCAUGGUCCUCCUCAGCUUGGGCCCACCACCACCUGGGAUGCUACUGCUCCAACACAGAUGCCAGCACAGGGAUCGGGGGUCAGCAGCUGCACCUCUUCACCCCUCUCCUGUGGAGCCGGCGCUUGCGUGCUCACCCCCGAGGGAUAUAGCUGCUUGUGCCACCCCGGCUACACAUUGGACCCCAGCCGUCUCCGCUGCAUUGAUGAAGAUGAGUGUCUGAAAGAUCCUUGUGCUGGAAAAGGUCGCUGCAUCAACAGCGUGGGCUCCUAUUUGUGCCUCUGCUACUCUGGGUACACCCUGGCUGUCUCAGAGGGCAAACAGAGCUGUCAGGAUCGAGAUGAAUGUGAGCAGCCCUCUACCUGCCGGGGACAGCGAUGCAUCAACACCCUCGGCUCCUACCGCUGCGAGUGCGAGGAGGGCUUUGCCAUGGGCCCCAGAGGACAGUGCGAAGAUAUCAACGAGUGCGUGGAUCCCAGCCCUUGCCCCCACGGGAAGUGUGUCAAUACGCUAGGCUCCUACAAGUGUGUCAGCUGUGGGGAUGGCUACCGGCCCAGGAAUGGGAGAUGUGUUGAUGUGGAUGAGUGUCUUGUGGAGGGGACCUGUGCUCAUGGGCGGUGUGUCAACCUGGACGGCUCCUUCCGCUGUUCCUGCUACCGGGGCUACGAGGUGGCACCUGACGGGAAGAGCUGCCAAGAUAUCGACGAGUGCACUGCCCAGGCUGCCUGUCCCUCUGCACUCUGCCUCAACACUGAGGGCUCCUACUCCUGCAUGGCUUGUGACACUGGCUACACCGUGUCCAGAGACGGCAGCACGUGUGAAGAUAUGGAUGAGUGUGAGGACCCUGCUGUUCAGUGCCUGGGGGGAGAGUGCAGGAACACCCCAGGCUCCUUCGAGUGCCACUGCCAGGCUGGCUUCAAGCUCAUCAACAGCACCGUGUGCGAAGAUGUGAACGAGUGCCUGAACAGCGAGAUCUGCAGCCCCAAUGGCGAAUGUCUCAACAGUCACGGAUCCUACUUCUGCAUUUGUGCUCCUGGCUUCUCAAACAUGGCUGGCGGAGUCAGCUGCCAAGAUGUGGAUGAAUGUGCAGACAAGUCCCGGUGCUCACAAGGCCAGUGCCUGAAUACAGAAGGCUCCUACAGAUGUCUGUGUGAAAAUGGGUUCAAACACUCCCAGGAGACUGAUGACUGCGUGGACGUGGAUGAGUGUAAAGAGUACGGGGAUGCCAUCUGCGGCACAUGGCGGUGCCAGAACAGCCUGGGCUCCUACCGUUGUAUCAUGGGCUGCCAGCCCGGCUUCCACUGGACCCCCUUGGGUGACUGCAUCGACAUAGAUGAGUGCGCCAAUGAGACGCUGUGCGGGAGCCAUGGCUUCUGUGAGAACUCAGACGGCUCCUUCCGCUGCCUCUGCGACCGUGGCUAUGAGAGCUCACCCUCCGGGCACUACUGUGUUGAUGUGAAUGAGUGCGAGCUGAUGGUCGCUGUGUGCGGGACUGCGCUCUGUGAGAAUGUGGAGGGAUCCUUCCUCUGCCUCUGCCCCAGUGACCACGAGGAGUACAACACAGAGGCAGGGCAGUGCCAGCCCCGCGCAGCCAUGGAGGGCCCCGAGAUACAUGCAGCCCACCUCUCUGACAGCGCAGAGCGCAAGCAGUGCUACUACCACAUCAGCGACGUUCGCCUGUGUGACAGCGUCCUGGCCAAGAACAUCACCAAGGAGGAGUGCUGCUGUACUGUGGGGGCAGCCUGGGGUGACAACUGUGAGACUUACCCCUGCCCCAUCCCAGGCACAGUGGAGUACCAAGAGAUCUGCCCUCUCGGGAAGGGCUAUAUUCCCCAGGAAGAUCUGCUCUCAGGAAAAGUCUCUUUCACAGACAUGGACGAGUGUGAGAUAUUUGGCUCUGAGUUCUGCCGCAACGGACAGUGUUUGAACACAGUGCCAGGCUACAAGUGCUUCUGCCGAACAGGGUACUUCUAUGACUCCAGCAGGCUCGAGUGUGUUGACCAGGACGAGUGUCAGAAUGAAGUGUACUGCAUCAAUGGCGAGUGUCUGAACACAGACGGCUCCUACCACUGCUUCUGCAGCCUCCCUCUCGUGCUGGAUGCCACUGGCAACCGGUGUGUGAACCUCUCCAGCAGGGCAGAUGCCUUGGAGGAGUACGAAAUCCACCUGGAUGUCUGCUGGCAGACCGUUGCUGACUACAUCUGCCAAGACCUGCUGCAGGGCGAGCAGACCACGUACACUGAGUGCUGCUGCCGGCUUGGAGAAGCCUGGGGCCAGAACUGCGCACUCUGUCCACACAGGUCCUCCGCUGAUUUUGCUUUCCUGUGUAAUGGGGCCAGUGAAGACAGUGAGAGAGGGGCUGAGCUCCGAGAAAGACCUAGGUAUGAGUAUGGACCGGGCUUGGAAGACCCCCACUAUGGCCUUCCCAGCCGAGAUAUGGGCCCCUACUACAACUACCUGGAGUCUGAGUAUGGAAACCCCGAUGCUGGUUUCCCUCGGAGGGAACCCAACAGUGAGUUCCGUGGCAGUCCUCUCCAUCAUGGCCCAGGGCGGUCCCCGCCCCGCUACCUGCCCAGCCAAAUUGGUCUCUACGAGGGCUUCGAGGGGCUGCAGGCUGAGGAGUGCGGGAUCCUCAACGGCUGCGAGAAUGGGCGCUGCGUGCGUGUCCGGGAGGGCUACACAUGCGACUGCUUUGAUGGCUUCCAGCUGGACAUGACCCACAUGGCCUGCCUUGACAUCAAUGAGUGCGAGAAGGUGGGCAGCCCUGAGCCCCUGUGCCAGGGUGGCACCUGCGAGAACACGGAGGGCUCCUACCGCUGCCACUGCUCACCAGGCUACGUGGCCCUGGCCCGGACCCAUCAUUGCGUGCCCCAGACAGCCCAGAGCCUAGCAGCAGCAUAGCUCUAGGGGAGCGGGGGUGAGGGUGCUCCCCUCCAGCACGUGGCUGUGGCACCCGGGACCUAGGAGCAUGGAGAAAGGCCACCCUGGGGCUGUGGGUGCUUCAAGGCUCUUCGCUCCUUCCCCUCUGAAGCGCACAACUUCCCUGCCACAUCUCUCUACAGGCCAGGGCUGAGCUCCCAGCCUCUGCAACCUCCUCUGCCCUGCCAGCCCCUGCUCCUGCCACAGCAGAGCCCAUCCCAGCCCCCAGCACCCAUCGCAUCACCCUGUGCCGUGGAGGCUCACAGAACGUCUUUCCCUGCCACGCAGCCCCAGCCUCCCCGCCUCGCCCUGCCGAGAGAGGGGGUUCAUCUACCCGCCACUGCUGCACUGACCUAGCGACAAGCCUCACCCACGCCACAGGUGCUGGCCCCGCUCCUCAUGAAGCAUCCAGCCCCCAGGCCAGAGCUUUGAGAGGGGGUCAACCUCAGCUUUCUAAAGCUGCUGCCUAACCUUGGGGUGUGGUGAAGAGGCUUGAGGGGCCCCAGGGCCAGCUCUCCCUGCGACCAGCCCAGGCGCAUCCCUUAGCCCCGCACUUUGCCUUUGUGACCCGCGCUGGCUGGGCGGGUGGAUGGCGAGGGCAGGUCCAGCUUCCAUUCUGUAAAGUUGUUGGUGACUUUUUUGUUGUUUUUUUAAUGGAGUCUGCUGGAAACUUCUCUCAUGUUGUUAAAUAAAACAUUUAUUUUGGGCCUCUGUGGCUCAAGACACUGGG